UUUUCCCGUCCCUGCUGCCUGAGUCACGGGAGCUUGUGCGCCCCAGCCCCGCCCCCCCCCCCCCCCUCGCCCGGCCUGCGAUGAGGCAGCUGCGUGGAAGGGGCUGACGUGUGCAUCAGGUUAAUCAAGCCUCAACCCAGGUGCCACCAUGGCCUCCCAGACGCACCCCCUGCAUCCCCCCUGCCCUACUUCCAAUGGGAGCACGGGGGCCAGAGGUGGGCAGCUGGCGGGCAGCCCCAAGACAGCUCCAGGUGACACUCGCCUGAAGCCGCCGGUCGGGCCCAAACCCCGCACACUGCCCAAACCGGCUGUACCAGCCAAGCCCUGCACCCCGCCGCCAUCCCCUGGGUCGCGGCCCCCCCGCCUCGAGUUCCCCUCUGCCGAGAAGAUCAACCUGCUGGCGGGUCCCAAGCCGUAUGGUGGCAGCAGCACCGCCCUUAAACGCCUGUCCUUCGGCCUCAAGAGCCCCCCGGCGGAGACCUCCAAUGUGAAGGGAGCACCACCACUUGCAGCCAGAGCCCUGUCCUGUACCACAGAAGAGAGAUCGCUGGCUCCUGUGACGCCCCCUGCUGGCGGGCCCCUCGGAGUUCUCAAGGGCGCUGCCCCGUUCAAAGUGAAGCCGGUGCCGGUGGUGGCCAAGCCGGAGCGCUUCCCCGGAACCACGGUGGAAGAGAUCUUGGCCAAGAUGGCACAUCCCCGCAAAGAGGGGCCGGGCAGUCCUGACCUGGCCUGGGGCCGGCGCUCAACCUUCAGCCCUGACAGCAGCUCCCGCUUCGGGCCCAAAAGCUAUGCUGCCUUCCGGAGACAGCCUAGCGCCGAGGGAGGGGAAGGUGACGCUGUCGCCCCUGGCUUUGAGGCCUCCUGGGAAUCUGGGCUCCCGGAAGCUCAGGAGAGCAGAGUGUCCUGUGGGGACAAGCCGGUCGCUGGCAGGACGAAGAGAGAAGGAAGCCCGAGUCCCAUUGGAGAACGCCCGCCAGAGCCCCCAGACGGAGAAGCAGAGAGAGACCCUGGCACAGCCUCCAGGAAAAGUGGCUCCUCCCUGGCCGGCGCCAACUGCGACGGGGACCAGUCCGGACGCAGGAAGCCGCCAUCCCCCCCUGGUUUCUCCUUGGCCCGGACCUGCCCCAUCCCCAUGGCUUCUGCUGAGCUCCCCUUUGGGGUGGCCCCCGACACCUCUGCUGGUCUUGCCCGGGCCCCAGGGGCCCCCAUCCUCUCUGCCGAGCAUCCUGCCUCAGCCCCGGGGUCCCCCGCUGUGCCUGCCGAGCUCCCCGCCCUUGGUUCUACCCCUGCCCACACUGAGCUCCUCUCCAAGGUCGGGCCCAGCUUCCCAGGCACCCCCGAGUCUCUGGCUAAAAUCCCCAUAGGGCUACUCCCGGCCCCCGAUGCCCCAGACUUUCCAGCUGAGCCCUGCCCCAGAAUCUCCCGCUCCUUGAGGUCUCUGGAGGUUCCUGGUGAGGGGUCCCCACCUCCGUCCGGCCUCCCUGCAGGCCUGGCACCAGGCACUCCGGAUGCCUCCACAGAGCUCCCUCAUAGCCCCCCUGCAGUGCGGGCCCUGUCACCAGGCCCCCCUGAUGCCCCUGCCAGGCUCCCCCACAGCCCCCCUGCAGAGCGGCCCCUGGCACCAGGCCCCUCUGAUGCCCCUGCCAGGUUCCCCCACAGCCCACCUGAAGGGCAGGCCCUGGCACCAGGCACCCAUGAUGCCCCCACAGAGCUCACCCACAGCCCCCCUGCAGGGCGGGCCCUGGCACCAAGCCCCCCUGAUGUCCCUUCUGAGCUGCCCCCCAGAAUCACUCACUCCCCAGAGGCCCCCGAAGCUCCUGUUCCAUCCCCAGACACCCCCAAUCUGUGUCCUAAGCUCCCCACCAGAGUCUCUCGGUCUCCAGGGUCCCCUGAUGGACCCACUGAGUCCCUGGUGUCCCCGUACAGCCCCCCAUCUCCUGAGCGGGGCUCCCCUUCACCCCUCAGCAAUGCGGAGCCAUAUGUGGGGCCUGCACCAGCGGACGAGAGCUCCCAGUGGCCACAGCUGGGGCUACGGCGCUCCUCAGACGGGGUGGUGCAGCUGCCAGACAAGGGGCUAGGAAUGGGAGUGCUGGGGGGCUCCUUGGCUGCCCUGCCUCGGGGAGGGCCGCCCCACUCCGGGCCACCCCUGGAGGGUGAGUCCAACUGGACCCUGUCGCAGUCGUUCGAAUGGGCAUUCCCAUCUCGGACUGCAGAGUGGGAGCCCCCCAGGUCCCCCAUCAGAGAGGCGGAUGACUCCGGCCUCUCUGAGCAGGGGGACUCGGAUGGGGAGGGCCCGGCUCCCGCCCCCAAAGGGUCUGAGGAAAGGAGCAGCUCACUGAGGGUGGGGCAACUCAGUGCUGCCCUGGAUUGGCAGGACGCUGAGGCUGCUGGGAGUUCUGCCCACCUAGAUGGUGCCAUGGGGGCCCCAGGUGAUCAGGGAGCAACUGAGGUGGGGGGCCUGGAGGCCCCGAGUCCUGGAGGCCCCGUGGCACAAACGGAGCCGCCCGUGGCUGAGCUGAAGGGCCUUGCAGUGGUGGAUGAGGCGGGCACUAACUGGGAGGAGCAGGGCAGGCCACUGCUGGAUGUCCCCCUGCGGCUGACCGAGCCGAAGCCAGGCCAGGAGAGAGCCGCCCCCCUUCUGUUGUCUGAUGCUCCCCGGCCAGCUGGUGCUGACCAAUGCCAGGAGGACAACUUGGUGCUGGGCCUGGCGCCGGCAGGGAGCUGCCAGGAGGGCCUGAGGCUGGGCGAGGCGGGUCCUGAGCCGCAUCCCAAUGCGCGCUGGCUGGAUGAGCUGCUGGCAUCGCCCCCGCCCAGUGCUGAUGAGACCAAGAGAAAGGGCACACCUGAGCCCAGGGACCCUGCAGGGCCAGAGGAUCUCCUCGGCUGGUCGCGGAAGGAUCUGUGCAGCGAGUUCGGCAUCAGAGGGGCCCACCGGGCUGGUGAGUUUGGCUGGGCCACCGAGCCCAGCACGGGGAAGACAGACUGGCCCAGCAGUUACAGAGCCAGUGAGACGGAGCAGGAUCGGGAGUUUGGCACUGGCACACAGGACUGGAGCGGCUCAUACAAAGAGACGGAGCUGCUGGGCGAUUCCAGUGUGGGGCACGGAAACUGGCCCGACGCCUAUGGCAUUGGGGACGGCUGCCGGAAGGAAGGAGAGUUCAACUCCGGCAACCCAGACUGGAGCAGCCAAUACAACACUGGUGGUGCUGACAGCCCGGAUGGGGAGUUCGGUACCAGGAAACUGGACUGGACCAGCACCUACGACAUUGGGGACAGCACCCAGCAGGACAAGCGGUUCAGUACCGGCAAGCCAGACUGGACCCGCGAGCAUGGUGUCGGUGAUACCGACCAACAAGAUAGAAAGUUCGGUACCGGCAAGCCAGACUGGACCCGUGAGCCUGGUGUCGGUGAUACUGACCAACAAGAUCGAGAGUUCGGCACCGGCAAGCCAGACUGGACCUACGAGCCUGGUGUCAGUGAUACAGCCCGUCAGGUUAGAGAGUUCGGCACUGGCAAGCCAGACUGGACCCGUGAGCCUGGUAUCAGUGAUACAGCCCAGCAGGAUAGAGAGUUCGGCACCGGCAAGCCAGACUGGACCCACGAGCCCAGGGUCAGUGAUACAGCCCAGCAGGAUAGAGGGUUUGGCACCGGCAAGCCAGACUGGACCCACGAGCCCAGUGUCGGUGAUACAGCCCAGCAGGAUAGAGAAUUCGGCACCGGCAAGCCAGACUGGACCCACGAGCCCAGUGUCGGUGAUACAGCCCAGCAGGAUAGAGAGUUCGGCACCGGCAAGCCAGACUGGACCCACGAGCCCAGGGUCAGUGAUACAGCCUGGCAGGAUAGAGGGUUUGGCACCAGCGAGCCAGACUGGACCUAUGAUCAUGGUGGUGGUGAUACAGACCAGCCGGAUAGAGAGUUUGGUACCAGCAAGCCAGACUGGAUCAACAUGUACGGUGCUGAUACUGACCAACAGGAUAGAGAAUUGGGUACCAGCAAGCCAGACUGGACCCACGAGCACGGUGUUGGAGAUCCGGACCAACAGGAGAGAGAGUUGGGUACCAGCAAGCCAGACUGGACCCACGAGCACGGUGUUGGAGAUACGGAUCAACAGGAGAGAGAGUUGGGUACCAGCAAGCUAGACUGGACCCGUGAGUACGGGAUCAGUGAUACUGACCAUCAGGGGAAAGAGUUUGGUGCUGGGAAGCCAGCCUGGACCCAGGAGUGCAGUGUCAAGGCCAAUGGGCAGGGUAGAGAGUGGACCUGCGAAUAUGGUGUUGGCAAUACCACCCAGCAGGACAAGCCAGAUUGGACCCGCGAGUUCGGUGUUGGUGAUGGUGCCCGGCAGGACAGAGCUUUCAGCCCUGACAAGCCAGCUUGGUUUGGUGAAUAUGGCAUUCACCAUACAGACCGGGAGAGUGCCUUUGGCUCUGGUGUUGGAGACUCCGACAGCACGGCCCAAGAGCCUGGUGCCAGGAAGCCUGGGUGGAGUGGCACCGACUGGCAGGAGAGCAAGUUCCCCUUCGCUAGGAGGGAUUGUGCCAGUGAUUUCAGGAUCAGAGGAGCUGAGCACGAAAGCCAGUUUGGCGUCAUUGGGACUGAGCGGGCGGGUGGCUUUGGCUUGAGCACUUUGGAACCAUCUGGUGCCGUCGGGACCCUGGGCCCAGCAGAGCAUGGAGAGAGCCGGACUGACUGGGCGGGCUAUACCAGGACUGUGGACCUGGAUGAGCCAAGAGAGGCUGGUGUGGGGCAGUCCGACUGGACCCAAGAUCUAGGCCUCAGUGGCACAGAUCCCUCUGUCGGCCUGGGAGCAAUCAGUCCUGAGGAGCCCAGCGGGGGAUGGAUGGAUUGGACAAACGAACUGAGCGUGAGCAGCAUGGAUCCCUCCAGCAGUCUGGGGGCGGGGGGCGCCGAUACACCCAGAGAGCCUGGCGUGGGGCAGCCAGAUGGGGCCAGCGACCUUGGCCCGGGAGGCCCGGCCACAGCCAGUGGCUUCGAGAGCAUGGGCCCGGCAGAGACCAGAGCGAGACAGACUGACUGGAGCCGUGAGCUCGGCUCUGGGGAUGAGGGCUCCGCUGAGACCAGGGAGGCUGGAGCAGGGCAGAUGGACUGGGCCAGCGAGGUCGGGAUCGUACAUGGGAAACAAACCUAUACCACAGCCAUGGCUGGCUUGGAGCCACAUGGAGACAGCAGUGGCCCUGGCAGCCCCCGGCUCUCCGGCCCGAGCCCCCUGCUGGAAGAGAUGUUGGCCAAGGCGGCAGCCCAGCACAAGAGCCCCGGAGAGGAGAGGGGGCCACCUCCUGCACCCAACGCCCGCCCCUUGCCGCUGGAGGAGGAUGGUGGGCCCAGGCCCGAGGGGGAUGGCGCGCCCAGCCCCUCGGAUGCCACGGAUGGGGGCUGGCUGCCGAUAGAAGCGAGGAGGCUGAGCCAGCCAGGGCGCCGCGGGAGCCAGCCCUCCCCACCAGACGAGGACUUCACCUUCCUGGAGGACAUGGAAGUUCUUGACAGUGCCAUCUACCGGAGCAGAGCCAACCUGGGUCGCAAGCGAGGUCACCGGGCGCCGGCCACACGCCCCGCAGGCAGCCUGGGGCUGUCUGAGGUGGAGGCAGCCGACUGGAUGUUCCGGGACUCCACAGAGCCCAGAGCGGUGCACUGGGCGUCCUCAGACGAGGAGGUGGCGGAGGAGCCCCAGAGCAGGCGGGCACGGCCCUCGCCAGCGGCCAAGGGGGUGAAGGUGCCACUCUUCCCGGGCCUGAACCCCUCAGCUCUCAAGGCCAAGCUGCGGGGCCGGAACCGCUCUGCAGAAGAGGGGGCCCAGCUGGGGGAGGCCAAGCCAGCCACGCCCAAGGAGUCCCACGUCCAGCGCUCCAAAUCCUGCAAGAUCCCCGGCUUGGGGGGGAAACCCCUGGCGCUGCCCCCCAAGCCAGAGAAAUCCUCAGGGUCAGAUGCCACCUCGCCCCACUGGCUGCAAGUGCUGAAGCUGAAAAAGAAGAAAUCCUGAUGGCCCCAUUCAGGCAUUUCUCUCCUGCUGCUGGGGCUGGGACAGCUGACUCUCCAAAGAGGCUCGUCGGGAUGGAAGGGACGGCGCAGUGAUUGGAGACCCCCUCCCGCCUGCCUGCCCACCCCCUGUGCACAGCUGGGACCCCCGGCAGGGCAGUGAGGGGGUGGGAGUGGGGGCAGGGAAGGCACAUCUAUGCACUUUGUAUCACGCUCGCUCCCUGAGCUGCCGGGUCCCUCUGUCCCCGCCCCCGCGAGCUGGCUGCUUCCUUCGCUCUGUCCUUUAUACCAUGUACCUGGUCUGAAGCCUCUAUUAUUUUGUAAUCGGUGACAGGGCCUGGCCCUGACCCUUCCCCCUUCCCCGCUGAGCCGGGGGCGGGGGGAGCCCCGGGGCCAGGGCGUUCGCUCGCUCUCUGCUGCUAUCCUACACUUUCCUGGCCAAGAGCAAUGGAUUAUUUUUUCUAUGCCACUUGAUGAGACAAUAAACGAUUUCUGGUAAUGGUG